AUGACUGUUGUAAGUUUUGGUCAUUUUUUUUAAUUUUAGGAUUCUACAGUGCUUAAAAAAAUAAAAAAAAGUAGUUUUAUUCGUUUUGGGUAAGACUCUGCUAUAUUAUGUUGUUCAUAUAUAAAUGAGCCUUUUCUGUAAUUUUCAAAAAAAUUUGUUUUUUUGAUCCAUGUUUGGACAACCUGAUAUAUUUCUAUAUUCUUCUUAAAAUUACGUUAAAUAUUUAAAAUAACAUAAUAUGUAAACUUUUAUACUAUUUGUAAAACCAUAAGACUAUACAUAAACAUAUAAACUAGUAUUUUAGCCUCAAAUAAUCAGACAUUGGGGAUACCCAGUAGAGACACACAGAGUUACUACGAAAGAUGGCUAUAUACUGGAGCUACACAGGAUACCACAUGGAAAAAAUGGUAAAAAAGUUCUAAAUUUUAAAUUAUUUUUCAGUUUUUUUCACUCUGAAUUUUGAUUUAUUUGUUUUGACACUUCAUUUAUUGAUUUUGACAUUUCGUUUUCUAAUUUUAGCAGUUUCUUUUUCACUUUUUCAUAUUUCUUAUCAAUAAAGUAUUUUUUUCGUAAACCAACUCAACAGACUAGUACGUUAAAAUACCUUCUACUUUUCAGAACAAAUUCACGACCCAAACAAGCCAGUCGUCUUUCUACAGCACGGCCUUCUCUGCACUUCAUCAGUAUGGCUAAUGAAUCUUCCUCACCAAUCGGCUGGAAUGAUGUUCGCUGAUGCUGGCUUUGAUGUUUGGCUGGGUAAUAUGAGAGGUAAUUCGUAUUCAAGAGGACAUCAGAAGAAAAACAUCCCUACUGAUGAGUAUUGGCACUUUAGUUGGGCCGAAAUGGCAAAAUACGAUUUGGAAGCGAUGGUUGAUUACGCUUUAAAUGAGACGAAACAACCGAGCUUGUACUACAUGGGGCAUUCACAAGGAACGUUGACAAUGUUCAGCAAGCUUAGCUUCAAUGAUGGGUUUGGGAGGAAGGUAAGAGUUGUUAUAGGUAGCUAUUACCUUUAGUAUGAAGGUAGUAGCUAUUAUAAUGUUUGAAGUAGCAGUGGUUGCAAGUUAAAUUCCUUGGGUUUAACGAUAUAUUUUCAGAUUAAAAAGUUCUUUGCGAUAGCACCAGUUGGUACAAUUCGCUAUGUCAAAGGCUUGUUUAGGUAUCUUGGUGAACGAUCUUAUGAACAAUUAGCUGUGAGUUUGUUUUCUUUACUAUAAUAAAUGUUGUUCAAAUAGCUCUGUGCCCCUUUUAAAGCAACUUUUAAAAUUUUUUUAGAGGGCACAGAAUUAUUUGAACGAUAACUACUGUGAAACCCCUGUAUAACAAACUCCUCUAUAUCAAAAACUUUGCACAUAGCCAAAAACAUUAAACUUUUUCGAGUAAUUCGUUAUACAGGACUUCUACCGUAUAUUUAUACGUUUUUAUAUUUUUACUUUUUAGCUGUUCACGGCUUUGUUUGGAGAUCAGGAGUUCCUGCCCAACACGUUCCUCUCUCGCUGGCUGACUGAAUUUGUUUGUGGAUUAGCCACUUCAAACCCGCUCUGCGAGAACUUUUUGUUUUUGGUCAGCGGUCCAGAUAGUCAACAGUUGAACAAGGUAAAGAUCAUUUCUAAUAAAGUAACCUCUGUAGUACAUAAAAAGCUAUAUAAAAAUUUUAAGGUACAAUAUAUAGUACCUAAAUUACUGCUUAUAGUAACUAAAUCAUGACUAAAGUACUCUCUGUAGUGAGAACAUAAUAUAAACGUAUAUUAUAUUUUCUAAAGUUUCUGUUUAAGACUAGAAUAGGUAUAUACCUAGCUCAUAAUCCGGCUGGGACAUCAAUACGAAAUAUUUUACAUUACUGCCAAAUGGUACGGCAUAAAAGUUUACUAGCUUAUGACUAUGGUAUGGAUGAAAAUAUGAAACAUUAUGGCAUGGUAAGACUGGUUUUUUACUUAAGUUAUUAUAUAAUUUACUACUUUCUUUAACUUUACUUCAUACGAGUCUUACUGUAGUUUUUUUAACUUAACGGUACCUUACUUCAGUGUAACACUAUAUCUUACUGUUUCACAUUUACAGGUAGUACCAAUCGAGUACGACUUGCGUAAAAUCCGCGGAGUACCGAUUUACUUAUACUACAGUGCUAGUGACUGGUUGGCUACGGAAAAAGAUGUAGAAGAAUACCUUCUACGUCGUUUACCAAAAGAAACUGUGGCACAAGUCAAUAAGUUACCAGACUUUAAUCACAAUGACUUUUUGUGGGGACUAAGAGCACCAGAUGAGAUAUACAAGCCCAUUAUUCAUAACAUACAGAAGGAUCAUAAUGGUGGAUAUAGGGAUGGUAAGGUUUUUUAAAAAUCAAAAUUUGGCAGGUGAUUUUGUCUCUUUACCAGUGAUCUACUACAAUAUAAAGAUGGCUUAACAAGAAUGAACAAUAUUCAAUAAUGUCACUUUUAAAAAAUUUUCCUUGAUAAUCAAAAGCUUAUAAUAACAUCACUUUAGUCCCAAAACCAACCACAACUCAAUCAGUGAUAAAGCCAGCUUCUCAAGUGACUGAAGACCUGGAUCUACUACAAUAUAAAGACGGCUCAACUAAGCCCGAAAUUACUGAUAAAGCCUCUCCAGUGACAGAAAAGUUUGUUUUGGCUGAUGAUAACGACUUGCUAACCAGUAGUGGAUUCAACAGUUCCGAAGACUCUGAUCUGUUAAAAAACCGUGAUCUCUAG